AUGAAUACACUAUGCGCAUUUUUUUACUACUUUGAUAUCAAAAUUUUGGGUGGCUGCAAAGAACCAGGUGAUCUUUUACCGCUGUGUCGCCUAUUUAAGCUUGUUUUCUGCGUGUUAUGCAGUGACCCCUUAGCCUGUCUACUGCUCGAAAUGAUUGAGAUAACAGCAAACGAUCGUCUGGGGAAGAAGGUGCGGGUAAAGUGCAACCCCACUGACACCAUUGCGGAUUUGAAGAAGCUGAUAGCCGCCCAAACAGGAACGAAGUGGGAUCGGAUCAUUCUCAAAAAGUGGUAUAACGUUUACAAGGAUCCUGUCACAUUGGCGGAUUACGAAAUCAAGGAUGGGAUGAAUUUGGAACUUUAUUAUAAAUAA